GAGGAGGAGAGGAGAUGGAUGCUCACAUAUACACUGCGAUGGAAGAUAGUAGGCUACUGUUGCGUUCGCAGACUUGUUUCUUUAGAUCAAGUGGUUUUGGUGCAUGUGAUGCAUGAAGCCUGAACGUAACCUUCACUGUUCUAUUGAAGACUGCAUAUGACUCAUGCAAUCAUACAGUAUCAGAUUUGUGACAUGUAACACUGGCUGUGAGAGCUCAUGGUUAUGACAGGGCCCAGUGUCAAAUGAGGGGAGACUGCAACUGGCCCCUGCAGCCUGUGGUCUGUUUGUGUCUCCAGUGGAUCAAAUACACCUUCUUUCCUUAAUAUCCCUGCAUUAUAUAAGAGUACACACAUUUAUAUGCACAGCUCCUGAGCUUCAUCUCUCUAAGGCUUCACUAUGGAAGCCCGUUUCCACCACAGAGUAAAAAAUAUGAAAGGUUUGUGCUUUCUACAUCCUUGUAUUGUGGGUGCAGUUACAUCUUCCAACCGCAUGGAGGCGCAGCAGGCUUCUCCUGACAGCAGCAGUGAGGAAUGUACUGUACUAGAGGCUCUGCCUGGCAAGGGAACAGCGCUAAUUUGCUCUCAACACAAAGGAAAAGUGUCUGUGUUGUACUGUUUGUCCUGUGAGAAUUCCGUAUGCGAGGACUGUAUGAAUGGAGAACAUGCUGGGCACCCCACUGAUUCACUGGAAAAUAUUGUGGACCAACAGCUAGCGGCAUUACAGGACAGAGUGGAUUCAGCCCAGAACAGGCUUCCUCAGAUAAGAGAGGCAGUUCAGAGUUUGAGAGACAUUCUGCAGCAGUUGAGCUCUCAGCGGAGCUCCAUAGAGGAAGACAUCCACUCCUCCUUCAGCGAGCUGCACAAAACCCUCGAUACACGCAAGAGCGUCCUGCUCAUGGAGCUGGAAGUCACUUCUGGACUCAAGCAGAAGGUUUUGCAGGGUCAGUUGGACACUCUUCUGCAGGAGGAAGCUGCCAUCAACUAUAACUGCAGUCAGACCGGUGAAGCCCUGGACGGGGAAAACAAGGCUGUCAUCCUGCAGACCCAUAAAGACGUGGGAGAGAGACUCAGUGACCUGGCCAGCCAGGGCCUUCCUCUUCAGCCUGAGGAGAACGACCAGCUGGAUCUCAUGAUGGAGAUCGAAGGACUUCGCAAGUCCAUCCACAACCUGGGGACUAUCGUCACCACCAAUGCUGUGGCCAGUCAGACCGAGGCGUCUGGGGAGGGUCUGGAACAGUGCGUCGUGGGCCAGCCGGCAACUGUCAUCAUAACCACAAGAGACAAGUCUGGAGGACUGUGUAAGACGGGUAACGCCAUCAUCUCAGCUGAAGUCUGCACGCCGGAUGGCAGCGUCGCAGACGGCGAAAUCGUGGACCAUAAAAAUGGAACGUAUGAAUUCCAAUACACGGUGAAGAAAGAGGGAAAUUUUAGUCUGGCGCUUAGACUUUACGAUCAGCAUAUUAAAGGAAGCCCCUUCCAGUUAAAGGUCACCAGCUCUCCGGAUGAUUCUCCACCCACCACCACCGCAGCCAAUGCUGCAUCCACGGGUUCCAGCGAUGGUGGGGCGCGGAAACGGAGCGCAAAGUCCCCGGGGAGCAGAAGCCGGCAGAAGGGAGUCAGACGGGGAGGAAGCUUGCUCGGCACACCAAAAAAGAGAGUGAAUCCGAUCGAGGAUGACCUAAUUUUUAGAAUAGGAACAAAAGGGAGGAAUAAAGGAGAGUUCACUAACCUCCAAGGAGUAGCAGCAUGUUCUGAAGGAAAAAUCUUAAUUGCAGACAGUAACAAUCAGUGCGUGCAGAUAUUUUCAAAUACGGGAGAGUUUCAGAGCCGCUUCGGCGUGCGUGGCCGUUUACCGGGGCAGCUGCAGCGGCCCACUGGAGUAGCUGUGCAUCCAAACGGGGACAUCAUCAUUGCUGACUAUGACAAUAAGUGGGUUAGCAUCUUCUCCAGUGAGGGCAAAUACAAGGCUAAGCUUGGCUCAGGAAGGCUGAUGGGUCCAAAAGGCGUAUCUGUGGAUCAGAACGGUCAUGUUAUCGUUGUGGACAACAAGGCCUGUACGGUUUUCAUCUUCCAGCCCAGCGGGAAACUCGUCACUAAGUUCGGCAGCAGAGGAAAUGGUGACAGACAGUUUGCAGGGCCACACUUUGCAGCAGUCAACAACAACAAUGAAAUAAUCAUCACAGACUUUCAUAACCACUCUGUUAAGGUGUUUAAUGCAGAUGGAGAAUUCUUGCUGAAAUUUGGCUCAAAUGGUGAAGGGAACGGGCAGUUCAAUGCUCCCACAGGGGUUGCUGUGGAUGUCAAUGGGAACAUUAUUGUGGCAGACUGGGGAAACAGUCGGAUACAGGUGUUUGACGGAAGUGGAUCGUUCCUGUCCUACAUCAAUACGGCGGCAGACCCUCUCUACGGGCCGCAGGGUCUCGCUCUGACCUCAGAUGGCCAUGUUGUGGUGGCUGAUUCCGGGAACCACUGCUUUAAAGUGUACCGCUACCUGCAAUGAUAUCAGACAGACUAUGAUCUAAGACGGAGAGAGAAUCAAAGUCAUACUGUAUGUGUCCAAAUCUUGCACUUAAUGUAAUGUAAUGGUAUUCUUCCUCCUUGGUUUCCACGUCUUUUUGUAUUUGUUACUAUUGUCGGAUGACCUUCUAAGAAGACUACAGCUUAUAAACACUGUUUAUGGGAUGCCUCGGAAUGCCUUUGCCAAACCUCCACACUCUACACUGUGGAAAUACUGAGACGUCAGAAUGCAUUGGUGAGUGAACUGCUACCUAAGCUGAAACUCUGCUCCUGUGUGCUGCAUGUGUGGACCAUGCAUGCGCCGCCAACUUUUGGACACAUCCGAGCCCCAUCUGACUUCUAGGAUGCUAUUAGAACACUAAUUUCACUUUAAUGAACCUUUCGAUAGGGAUAUGUUAUAGAGAUGCAGACAAGAGAACAGACGGCGAUAUCUCAUGUCUCCAAGCUUUAGCAUUCCCUCCUCAACCUGUUCGUAUCUUACAGUUGACUAAUAAACUAUUUAUCAAAUGUUUGGAAUAACUAUGUAAUAAAGUCUAUUAUGCUCA